AUGCCUACCGGACUCUUCCGCCCUUUUCAACGCAUUGCGAUAUCUUCACUUCCUUCAGCAUUACGGAGCUUCCACUCUACAUCGCCCAACAUGGUUGUCCACAACGUCCGCAGCGCUGAAGAGUUUAAUACCAUCAUCAAGGAGAAACCCUUCGUCCUCGUUGAUGCCUUCGCCACCUGGUGCGGUCCCUGCAAGACCAUGGCACCCGCACUGCUCAAGCACUCCGAGGAUUCUGCAAACAAGGGCAUUCACUUUAUCAAGAUUGAUGUCGAUGAGCUCCCCGACGUGAGCCAAGAGCUCAACAUCCGUUCCAUGCCUACUUUCAUCAUCUUCAACAAUGGUAAGAGGGCUCAGGAAGUUGUCGGCGCCAACCUCAAGGGCCUCCGGAACCUCGUGGAGACUGUUGCCCCUGAGGCGUUGGAGGAGGUGACGAAGGCUGAGGAGGCCAAGAAGAAGGCUGAGGAGGCCAAGAAGAAGGCUGAGGAGGCCAAGGAGGGGUAA